AAAUAUCUCAAAAAAAAAAGUGAAUAAUUUUUAUUUCCAUUUUUUGCUGUCGAAAAAAGAAAAAGAAAAAAAAACACAUGAUUUCCUUGUUUCGUCUUUUUUCCUUGUUUCGGUAAAAUGUUCUCCUCACUAUCUUGCACAUCAAGUCACCCUUUUCUUUCUCUAUAAUUUUUUCUGUUUACACCAUCUUCUAUUUCACCAAUUUGAGUUAUUAAGCUUUGCUUUUUGAAGAUUGAAGAUGAGAAUUGUGGGUUGAAGUUCAAAGAAUUUCAUUUGAGAUAUACAUUACUUGGUCAAACUCUACACAUUGAUGGCUGCUAUUAGGUUUUCAACUUUGAAAAGAACCCUUAGUUCCUCUUUUAAAUUAGCAAAUCAGAUUGAUGUCAGACCUUCAUAUGCUUGCAUAAAUGGUAAUCGCCACGCUAGAGAGCCCACCUAUUCAAAAACUUAUGCUGCCCCAAAAUGUUUUAAUGCAAGGGGUAUACACUCUGCUAGUGGGACCAGUCAUGUUACUUCAUAUCUCAGGGGGAGAUUUGAUACUAAAAGUUUGAGGGGAAGUAAAUCAAUUCUUGUGGCUAGCCCCAUUUUGAAUAAUCGAUGGUAUUCGUCGUUUGAUAGUAGUAAAGGAGAUACUCCUAAAGGUUCAGGAGUUUCUACUGGAGCAAGUGGGUCUGAUGUAGAUACAGGUGGUGUUAGUGGAAGUGAAUGGGUUGGUAAUUUUAAGGAAGCUUGGCAAACUGCUGUAGAUGCUGUGACUUAUACCGGGGAAAAGGCGAAAGAGGCAUCUUCCGAAAUGACUCCUUAUGUUGAAAAGGUGCUUGAUGCACACCCUUAUCUGAGAGAUGUAAUUGUUCCUGUUGGUGGCACUUUAACUGGUACCUUAAUGGCUUGGGUGGUGCUGCCAAGGCUUUUGAGGAGAUUUCACAAGUAUUCAAUGCAAGGACCAGCUGCUUUGUUGCCUGGAAGCUCGAUAUGGGGGCCAGUUCCAUAUGAGAAAAGUAUCUGGGGUGCUAUGGAGGACCCCGUUCGAUAUUUGAUCACUUUCAUGGCAUUUUCACAGAUCGCUGUGAUGGUGGCACCAAGCACUAUUGCAUCGCAAUACCUUCUCGAGACUUGGAGAGGUGCUGCGAUUCUUUCAUUUGUCUGGUUUCUACAACGAUGGAAAACAAAUGUGAUCAGCAGAGCUUUGGUUGUCAAGAGCCUUGAAAAAGGUGACCGUGAUCGAUUGUUGACUUUGGACAGAAUCUCAUCCGUUGGCCUCUUCAUCCUUGGACUAAUGACUUUAGCUGAAGUUUGUGGAGUAGCUGUACAAUCUAUUUUGACCGUUGGUGGAAUUGGAGGGGUGGCUACUGCUUUUGCUGCUAGGGACAUCCUUGGUAAUGUUCUUAGUGGACUCUCCGUACAGCUUUCACAACCUUUUUCAGUUGGUGACACGAUAAAAGCUGGAUCAGUGGAAGGUCAAGUGGUUGAAAUGGGGCUCACUACUACAUCAUUGUUGACUGCAGAAAAAUUCCCUGUUAUUGUCCCAAAUUCACUAUUUUCCAGUCAGGUGAUUGUGAAUAAAUCGCGUGCUCAAUGGCGUGCCGUGGUCACUACGGUUCCUUUCCAAAUCGAAGACUUUGAUAAGAUUGUCCAGAUAUCAGAUGAUGUAAAGAGCAUGCUCAAAUCUAAUCCAAAUGCUUUCUUGGAAAAGGAGGCACCAUACUGCUACUUGUCUAAAAUUGAAAAAACAUAUGCAGAGCUAACUCUUGGGUGCAACUUAAGAUAUGCGAGCAAGGACCAAUUGUUUUCAGCACAGCAGGAUAUUCUUCUGCAAGCAGCCCGUGUAGUCAAGCAGCAUGGGGGCACACUGGCUGAUCCUUGGAGUCAGUGAUUUGCAUCGGAAUGAAGAUGUCUUAGCCUUGAGCAAGCAACCAUAGAUGGAAAAUCCACACAUGGUGAUGGUGAUGUCAAAAGUUCAGGCAAUGGAUUUGAUCCUUUUUUAACCUGAUCGGGCCCAGCUGAGAGACCCAUAAAGCAGCAGUGGACUGAAUUUUAGCGAGCGGGAUGUCCAGUUCUCGAACUAUCUCGGGUUUUUUAAUCAGCAAAUGAAGAGUUUGACAGGUUCAUGAAGCACAUAAUAAGCUUCCCUCAAGUAUAGAAUUUAUCAGCAGAAAUGGCUAUACUUGCCUCAGCAUCUUCGGGCAAACUCAAAAGGCUCCAAUCAAGUGAUGGCAGUGGAAACUCCACUAGAUUUACUAGUGGUGCUAAGUUAGGAGGAAGUUUAGGUAGUCUCUUAAUGUUCCCGGGAGUGGACAGGCAAGAGACCUGUACUCCUUUGGCCAAGGCUAUGGAGAGUUGGAAGGAUGGGUUAACAACAACAACAUACCCAGUGUGUUCCCACAAGUGGGGUCUGGGGAGGGUAGGAUGUACGCAGACCUUACCCCUACCUUUGUGGGGGGAGGCUGUUUCCGAUAGACCCUCGGCUCGAGAGAAAAACAAUAUUCAAAGCAUGAUAUCAAAAAAAAAAAAAAAAAAGGAAAAAAAAGAAAAGAAAAGAGAAGAAAAA